CCACCACCAACCCUCAGUGUUGGUUCAUACGCGGCAGAGGAAGGCAGCUCACGUUUUCGCUCUCUCCAUCCAAAAUGGCUUCCAGUAAAGAAGAAAAUUCGGAAAUUAUAGGAAAUUCACAAAAACGAAAAAUUGGAGAGGAAGAUUCUCCAGAGAAAAAGAAACCAAAAAAUGAAAAAAUUGGCCUAAGAUCACUGUCGCAGACAGUGCAUCAAAAUUCCGAAAAUAUUUCUAAGCUCGUUGAGUUUUUUGAAAACAUGAUUGGCCAGUCGCAGGCGCAGCCUCGACAAAAUAAUACCUGCCACGUAGUGGAUGUUGGUAAUGAGGAUGAUCCAAUAACAGAUCUUUUUACCUCAAUUGUUGAUAAAUCGCCAAAUGAUGAAUCUGCUGAUCAAAAUAUUGAGAUUGAAAAUCCAAUUGUUGAAGAAAUAUUGAAUUCAAAUCAGUCGGAGGAUGAAUAUGGCCCUCCUUUAGGAUUGAAAGUAGCAGCAGCAUUCAAACGAUUAAUUGCUCAGCCAGCUUCAAAAGAACACAUUGAUCAAAACAAGAUCAAAUUAAAGAUCCCAGAAAACAUUAAAGAAAUGAGGGCACCCAAAGUCAAUUGUGAAAUUUGGACUCAACUUCCUAAAAAAGCUCAAGUUAUUGAUGCAUCACAACAAUUUGUUCAACAAUUUGUUUCAAGAGGUUUAGUAGCCCAGUCACAUCUUGCUGAAGUUUUAGCAAAAAAUUCAGAUAAGAUUCCCAAUGAUUUAUUGAAAAGUUUACUUUCUUGUUCAAUGGAAGCCGCAACAGAAUUUGAUAUGGCUUUUAGAGAAAUUAGCCUCAGGCGACGACAACAAAUUAAACCCUUUUUGUCAAUCGAAAGUGCUGGAAUUUGUGGAUCUUCAGUUCCGGUCACCGAAAACUUAUUCGGAAAUAAUUUAGAAAAAGAUUUGAUUGCUGUCCGAACAUCGGCCAAAAUUGUGAAGAAUUUGACCCCCAUCUAUCGUGGAGGUGCUCGUGGAACUUAUGCAAGAGGUUCAUGUAAUCGAGGGUCGUUAUCUAAUGCUGGUACUAGCCAUAAUUUAAACUUCCGGGCGCCUCUCCUCUCGAGGGGAGGCAGACGACCAUUCAACCGAGGAAGAUACAACAAUUACCGCCCGCAGAAUUAAAUGUGAGUAAAUUAUCAGGUAGAUUAAGAUUAUAUUAUGAUAAAUGGGCGAAUUUGACUGACGACCCUGUUAUUCUUGAAAUUGUUCGGGGUUACAAACUACCUUUUAAGAAUUUACCAGAGCCACAAAUUAAUUGUAAGGUUCAAGAAUUUAAUCCGGAAGAAAAGCUAUUUAUUAUCGAUGAAUUGGACCGCCUAAUGAAAAUGGGGGCAAUAUCUCUAUCUGAAGAGGAAAGUGAUCAAUUUGUAUCUCCAAUCUUUACUGUCCCUAAACCUGAUGGAAAAAGACGAUUCAUCUUGAAUCUUAAGAAACUGAAUAGCUAUUUACACUGUCCACAUUUUAAAAUGGAAGAUUACCGAAGCGUAUUGAAUAUUAUGAGAUUAAACAUGUUUAUGGCCACAAUAGAUUUACAGGAUGCGUAUUUCCACGUUCCUGUUCAUGACAGUUGUAAAAAAUAUUUAAAAUUCCGUUUCAAUGGUAUACUUUAUCACUUUAAUUGUAUUCCAUUUGGUUGUUGUACUUGCCCAUUAUUAUUCACAAAGCUCUUGAAACCAGUUUUCGAGAAACUUAGAACAUUAGGCUAUCAAUCCGUGAGAUAUUUGGACGAUUUUUUGUUAUUUGGUCAAACAUUUGAAUUAUGCAGCGAGAAUGUUCAGGCCACCCAAAAUUUACUCAAAAGUUUGGGGUUUACCGUAAAUUAUCAAAAAUCGGAAUUACUUCCAAGUAAAGUAAUUAAAUAUUUAGGAUUUAUUUUUAAUUCCUUAGAAAUGACCAUUCAAUUAACUCCGAACAAGCGUUCUUUAAUUUUUGAAUUUGCACAAAAAUGUUUGUUAUCUAAAUCUCUAAUUAUAAGAGAGGCAGCUAAAUUGCAAGGAUAUUUAAUUUCAGCGUGUCCUGCAGUACAAUAUGGAUUAUUGUAUACUCGGAAAUUAGCUUCCGAUAUUCAAUUCUCUUUAGAAUCAAAUAAUGAUAAUUAUCAAAAUCGUAUGACUUUGUCUCAAGAAGCAGUUUCGGAUAUUCACUGGUGGCAAUCAGUAAUACAUAAAGCUGAGGUUUCCAUAAAAGAGGACAGUUUUAAAAAAGUGAUUCACACUGAUGCGUCACCUUUUGGGUGGGGCUGUUUUUGUGACAAUGACGUUUCUCACGGCACUUGGUCAAAAUCUGAAGAGUUAUUACAUAUUAAUGCAUUGGAACUGUUAGCAAUUGAGCGAGCACUGACUAUAUUUGCAAACGAUGAAGGAAAUUGUAAUAUUUUGUUAAAAGUUGACAGUCAAGUUGCAAUCUCGUAUAUAAACUGUUAUGGUGGUUGCCGCUCGGAAUUGUUGCAUGCAAUUGCUAAAAGAAUCUGGCUAUUUUGCGAGAAGAAAGAUAUUUUUAUUAAAGCUACAUAUUUAGAAAGUAAGAAAAAUGUAGAAGCUGAUUUUGCUUCUCGUAUUGAAGUAGUUAAUUCGGAUUGGAUGCUAAAAAGUGUCAUUUUAUCGCAAUUUGUAAUUCAUUUGGCGAGCCAGCUUUAGAUUUAUUUGCGUCAAAGAACACAAAUCAGUGUUCGAGAUUUUAUUCGUAUUCUCCUGAUCGGAACUCGGAAGGGGUUGAUGCAUUUACGUUUAAAUGGUCAGAAUCCUUGUUAUAUGCGUUUCCCCCAUUUUGUCUAAUUUCACGUGUCCUGAAAAAGAUUUGCAAUGAUAAAUGUAGAUGCAUUGUGGUGGUGCCACUUUGGAAAAGUCAGGUUUGGUAUCCAGAAUUUGAGAGGCUGCGUCAGUCAAAUUCGCUUAUAUUUGGACCUGAAAAAGAUUUGCUAACUUCACCUUUUUCGAAUAGGCACCACCCUCUUCACUCCAGCCUCAAAUUAGUAGCAGCAAUAUUGCAAGACGUUCAUUCAUAAACAGUGGCCUUAGUUCAGAUGUUUGCGAACUUUUACUUUCAUCCUGUGCGUCAUCCAGUUGGAAACAAUACGAAUCGUACUUGAAACGAUGGGAAAAUUUUUGUAAUAAUUAUGGUUCAGACAUAUUUCAUUCUAAUUUACAAUCGAUUCUGAAAUUUUUGACCGCUUUGUAUAAGGAUGGCGUAGGCUAUAGCGGUAUUAACACAGCAAGAUCAGCUCUGUCUUUAAUUAUAGCCCCCAUUGACGGUGUUGACGUUGGUAAACACCCUCUUGUAAUUCGAUUACUAAAAGCUGUUAGCAAAUUACGGCCACCGAAACCUAGAUAUGAUAAUGUGUGGGAUGUAAAUUUAGUUUUGGAUAUGUUCACUUCAUGGCCGUUAAAUUCAGAGCUGCCUAUAUUUAGGUUAGCCAUAAAAUUGGUAGCGUUACUCGCUUUGGUCACGGGACAAAGGGUACAAACCCUGUCGUUAAUUAAUAUAAAUAAUAUCAUAAGGUCAAGUAAUGUUCAGAUUCUUAUUCCUGAAAUUAUUAAAACUUCUGGGGUUGCGAAGAAGCAACCGUGCUUGUUAUUGGUCCCUUAUAAAGUUAAUGAUAAGUUAUGUGUUGUUAAAUGCUUAGAUGAAUACUUAAAUCGUACUGCUAGUUAUCGUAAUUCUGAUGAAUUAUUAAUUAGUGUAGUUUUACCAUAUAAGCCUGUUACAAGCCAGACUAUUAGUAGAUGGCUAAAAGAAUGUUUGUCAUUAGCUGGUAUUGAUGUUUCUAUUUUUAAGGCUCACAGUUUCCGUCACGCUAGCACAAGUAAGGCGGUAGCAAAGGGGGUCAGCUUAGAUGUCGUUUUUUCUAGAGCUGGUUGGUCUGAUAAAUCUAAAACAUUUGCAAAGUUCUACAAUAAGCCAUUAGAUUUACGAGGUGAAUUUUC